AGCGGUAGCUCUUCUUCUCUGUCCGUCUUCGACUUAUUUUCAACUGCGUGCAAGAUGCAUAUUUAUUCUCAGCUCUUCGCCGUCCUAGCCUUUGGCGAGGCUUUUGCUCUCGCAGCGACCACCAAGGCCAAAACGUGUACGACAAGUCUAACGCCCAAGUAUGCCGCACCAUCUCUGGCUUCCGGAUAUGUUGCACGCCUGGUGGCCACGGGCCUAACUACACCCCGAAGCAUCAAGUUCGAUACGAACGGAGCAUUGCUCGUUGUUGAGUCCGGCGUAGGCGUGACCGCCCUUACUCUGGACGAGUCCAAUCCCAGCUGUGUCAUUGAAAAGUCGCGGAAAGUCGUCGUUGCCAACAAUGCGCUCAACCAUGGCCUGGAACUCUCUCCCGCAGGCACGACGUUGUAUGCAUCUGAUACCGGGUCUGCCUACGCUUGGAGCUACUCGGCCUCGAAGCAGUCUGCCACCUCGCGAAAGACAAUCAUUAACAACAUGACGAACUCAGACCACACGACUCGCUCGCUUCUUCUGCCCAAAUCCGCGCCCGGCGUACUCGUCGUAUCGCGCGGAAGCAAUUCCAAUCUCGACCCAACGUCGGAGAACAUCUCCUCCGGAACCGCGCAGGUGAAGGCUUUUAACAUCACGAACAUCAAGCAGCCUUUGGGCUUUACCAGCAGCGGCAAGCUCCUUGGCUGGGGUCUGCGUAACGACGUCGGACUCGCCGAAGAACCGAAGGGCGGUGGCAUCUACACUGUCGAGAACAGCGCCGACCAAAUCACCAGAAACGGCGUGGACAUUCACAACACGAAUCCGUCCGAGGAGAUGAACUUCCUAGGCUAUCUGAACGGGAAAAGCUCACCCAAUCAAGGGCGCAACUUUGGAUAUCCGGAGUGCUUCACGGCAUGGUCUCCCUCUACCAUUCCCGCUUUCAAGGGCAAAGUGGGCCAGCAGUUCGCCAUUGGGACGAUCGGGCCGGGGAACAACGAUAAGUUGUGCUCGAACAAGUACAAGCAGCAAGCAGCCCUAGGCUUCCAUCCUCACAUGGCGCCUUUGUCAAUUCUCUUCAACCCGAGCGGCGAUACAGGCUGGGUGACGUUUCACGGAAGCUGGGAUAGUACGGUCCCCGUCGGCUACAAGCUCAGCCAAGUGGACUUCGCAAAAGGCGCGCCCGUCCAGCCUUCCAACAGCACCACGGCGGCCAUCGACAUCAUGUCGAAUGCGAAUACGGCCAACUGCUACAACACCACCUGUUUCCGCCCCGUGGGCCUCGCUUGGGACAAGAACGGGAAUCUGUUCAUGAGUUGCGAUACGACCGGGGAGGUUUAUGUGAUUUUGCGGACGGAUGGGAAGCCGACGAACUCGCCGCGGAGUUCUUGAGAUGUUAAGUAGUAGGGUUGAAUA